CAGUCUGCUCUCACUGUAAAUGUGUGUGUGAGAGAGUGAGCUGCUGUUACAGUGUGACACUGUAGAGUUAAGUCGCUGUUAGUGUGACUGUGUUUACAGGAGCGGUCGUUAUGAAGCCGGUGGUCUUCUUCUCCUCCCUCCUCCUCCUCCUGCUCCUGGUGUCCAGAUCUGCAGACAGCAGGUGUUUCUGUCAGGUCACAGGCAACCUGGAUGACUGUGCUUGUGAUGUGGAGACCAUUGACGGCUUCAACAAUGAACAGCUUUUUCCCAAACUACAAAAACUUUUGGAGUCUGAUUAUUUCAGGUUCUACAAGGUGAACCUGAAUAAGCCAUGUCCCUUCUGGACAGUCACUGGCCACUGUGGUCUGAGGGACUGUGCUGUGAAACCCUGCUCCCCCAACGAGGUGCCCGAGGGGAUUAGAUCAGCACCCCAUAAUAAGUAUGCAGAAGAAGCAAACAAGCAGCUGGAUGAGUGUGAGAGGACGCAGCAACUUGGAGCUGUGGACGUCUCUUUAAGCGAAGAGACGCGAGAGGCUCUGCGUGACUGGAGCAAACAUGAUGAUGAUGCAGAGCGCUUCUGUGUGGCUGACGAUGAGGAGUCUCCAGACUCACAGCAUGUCGACCUGCUGCUGAACCCGGAGCGAUUCACGGGCUACAGAGGACCUGAGGCCUGGCACAUCUGGAAUAAUAUCUAUGAGGAGAACUGCUUCAAACCAUACGCUGUCAAGCGACCCCUCACUUCGGACCCCUUCCAUAGCAUCUCAGGAGGUGAAGUGAGGACCUUCUACAGCUGGCUGCAAGGUCAGUGUGUGGAGAAGAGAGCUUUCUACCGCCUCAUCUCUGGCCUCCACGCCAGCAUCAACAUACACCUGAGCGCCAGGUACCUGCUGGAAGACAACUGGUUUCAGAAGUGGGGUCACAAUGUUACAGAGUUCAGGCAGCGCUUUGAUGAGGAGCUGACAGCAGGCGAGGGGCCCAAGAGGCUCCGCAACCUCUACUUCCUGUACCUGAUAGAGCUGCGGGCGCUGGCCAAAGCACUGCCAUUCUUCCAGCAGCCGUCCUUCCAGCUGUACACUGGUAGAACCAAACAGGACCAGGAGCACAAAGAGCUGCUGCUGCAGGUCCUGCAGCUGACAAGAUCUUUCCCUCUACACUUUGAUGAAACUUCCCUGUUUGCGGGUGAUGAAAACGAAGCAGCCAAACUCAAGGAGGACAUCAGACUGUCAUUCCUCAACAUCUCUCGGAUCAUGGACUGUGUCGGCUGCUUCAAAUGUCGACUGUGGGGGAAAGUGCAGACUCAAGGAUUAGGCACAGCACUGAAGAUUUUGUUUUCAGAGCGCCAGAUUGAAGCUCUGCCCACUUCAGGCAAACAACGACCUAGUUUCCAGCUCAGCCGGCAGGAGAUCGUCUCCCUGCUCAAUGCCUUUGGAAGAAUUUCCACAAGCAUCCGAGAACUGAAGAACUUCAGGACGCUGCUAGUAGAGGAUCGGUGACAGUGUUGAGGAGUCUGAGGAGGAGGAGGAGGAGGAAGAAGAGGAGUCACUCACAGACUCAUCUGAUGGGACCAGUUUGUUAUUGCCCGAAACCACCAACUGCCUUCAUCCUGCUGAAAUGUUAUGUAUGAAAGGCUCAAAAGAAAUGUAUCGAGUAAUGUGAAAGAUAAAGGUAUUUUUUUUUACUUUUGCUUACCAAAUUGGGAACAAACAUAUAUAUAAAUAAGAUAUUUUUGACUGACAGUCUAUUAAAUGUUUAAAUAAGACUAAAAGCAGGCAUGUGUCAGGCUUCAAAUAAACACCAAGAAGAAAUCUCAUAUGUUUAAAUGUGGGCCCAGUUUUCUAGACUUUUGUUUCAAAGAACUAAUUCCUUUUUUUCUUGAUUGUAAAUGAAAAGUUUGACUGCGUUGCACUUAUAUUAUCCUCCCAACUUUGUUUGGAAUAAAACCAGAUAUUAGAUAUGUUUUCUCUCUGUGAAAACCUUCUAUCAGAGACAUUUCUGCAUGUUUAGCCCAGACUGCUUACAGCACAGUUGUUUUGUAAUUAUGUUACUUUCCUCAGGAUGGUGCUGUUUCUAGAGAAAACUGAUUUUCAUAUUUCUCCUCAUGAAGAUAAGUGCAAAAAUCCAAUUGUUUUAGAAAGUGUUAUUGCUCUUUUUCAUAUAAAAAAUGUUAUGUUAAAUGUGUCGAAAAUAAGAAUAAUAUAUUUUGGAGUUUCUGUUUUGAGGGAGCUGUAUUAUAUAUUAUUAUAUAAUAUUACGAGUGUGAAUAUUCAGGUUAAAUGAUGAUGUCAUUUGUUGUGAUUGUGUAAAUGUUAUGAAAGCAUCAAUAAAUAUCAGAGAUGACGUGAACUAAAAUUUUCAUACAUAGGAGAAUAGAAAUAAAUAGUUAUAGAAAAUAUA